CCAUUUUUGAGGACGAAAGGAUCUGUGAUGGCGGCCCCGAAUAUUACGGAUCUUCUGAGACGAGCGGCAGCGAGCUCCAAUAACACCGGCAUAAUUACUUAUCCAUCUGGAAAGACGACCGAUGGCCUGAAGACUUCGUAUAAUCAGCUUCUGAUGCAAGCAGAACACAAUGCCAAGUCCAUUUCAGCGAUCAGCGGCUUCAAGAAAAAGUCGAUUGUCCUUCUUCAUCUGGACGAUCUCUUCGACAGCAUUACCUUAUUCUGGUCAGUCAUUUUUGCAGAAGGCGUUCCUUGUAUUUCAACGCCGUUUACAAACAUUCCGGCACAACGAGAAAAACACAUGAGACAUCUCCAUAGUCUCCUCGACGAUCCAAUUUGCAUCACCAGAGCUCACUUGCUGGCACAAUUCUGUGGGCAAAGCCUCUUGGCACCUCAUACAAUCGAAGAGUUCUCUGAUUUGCAGCUGCCACCAAGAGUUGCCAUUCCUACAAUUGCUGUAGACUCAGAGUCAAACCCAAAACCUCAUGUCAAUGGAUUCCAAAGUCAAACAUCUUUUCUUCCGUCAGAUCUGGAUGAUUUGGCACUGCUGAUGCUCACAUCUGGGAGCACUGGCAAUGCGAAAGCAGUUCGCUUAAGCCAUGCUCAGAUGAUGGCUGCUGUUGCAGCAAAAUGCGAGGUCAGGGCGGUACCACUGGGCGCACCCUUCUUGAACUGGAUAAACUUUGAUCAUGUUGCUUGUGUUACCGAGAUACAUCUCCAGGCCAUGUACCUUGGCGUGGAUCAAAUUCAUGUACAGGCGGCCGAUAUAGUUUCCAGUCCUGCUCUGUUUCUGCGACUUCUCUCGGAGCACAGAGUUGGGAAGUCAUUCGCACCAAACUUUUACCUCGCGCAGUUAAGAAAGUACCUGAAAACUGAAGAGGGACUUCUUCUGGGCGAGAAACUUGACCUUAGCAACCUUCACUGGCUUUCUUCUGGAGGAGAGCCGAAUGUUGUGGAAACAUGCGAAGCUUUGGCCAAAAUCAUGGCUGGCUGUGGGGCGCCAGACGGUGUUAUCGUGCCAGGAUUUGGGAUGACGGAAACUUGUGCAGGCUCAAUUUGGAAUACCAACUGUCCUGAAUACGAUAUUCAGAACAGUAGCCAAUUUGCGUCUCUUGGACGAUGUAUGCCAGGGAUUGAAAUGCGUGCCGUCGUCAUCAGUUUGGAAGGUACUCCAGAGGUCGCCCCAGCAGGUCAUCCGGGGUUUCUCGAAGUUCGAGGGCCUAUCGUAUUUAAAGGCUACUUCAACAAUCCUACCGCUACUGCAGAAGCAAUAUCUUCAGAGGGCUGGUUUAGGACAGGCGACCAAGCGAUGAUCGACUCGGAGGGCAAGCUCAAUCUCAUCGGGCGGAGUAAUGAUCAUAUCAAUAUCAACGGUGUCAAAUACCUACCGAAAGAGCUGGAGGCUGCUAUUGAAGAGUUAUCGAUCGAUGGAGUUACACCAGACUACACUGUCUGCUUUUCAAUUCGCCCAUCUGGCGCCCAAACCGAACAAAUAUGCAUCAUUUACCUGCCAUCCUAUUCGCCCGAUGACGCGAACGCUCGAAUGUCAGCCCGCAAAGAGAUCAUCAAAGCCACAAUGUUGCAUACCGGUUCGCGGCCUCGUGUCCUACCGCUGAAUAGUACCUUCUUGAUGAAAACAACUUUAGGAAAGUUGUCCCGAGUCAAGAUUCGUGAUUCCUUCGGAAAAGGUGACUUCAAGGAGCUCGAGGACUUUGACAACGCUCAGAUACAGGCCUACAUUGCGAGCAACACUGCACGACCACAAAGUGAGAACGAGCAUGUGAUCCUCCAACAGCUCUCCGAGACCCUUGAGAUCUCAGUCGAAGAUAUUGGCGUCGAAACUCCGAUAUUCGAUAUGGGCAUAACUUCAAUCCAUCUCAUCCAACUGAAGAAGAAACUGCAAGCAUGCCUCUCUAUUCCUGACAUCCCAAUAUCGGUGAUCAUGACAAACUCAACUGUUCGUUCCUUAAGCGAGGCUCUAGAAAACCUCGAUAAACCAAAAGAGUACGACCCUGUUGUCGUCUUGCAAAAGGACGGAGACAAAAAACCUCUUUGGCUCUUCCACCCCGGUAUUGGCGAAGUCCUCGUUUUCCUCGGUCUUUCAAAAUAUCUGCAAGGCCGUCCGGUCUAUGCCCUCCGCGCCCGUGGUUUCGAAACUGGUCAAACGCAUUUCAAGAGCAUCGAAGAAGCUGUUCGUACCUACCAUGCAGCCAUCAAAGCAAAGCAGCCACAUGGUCCGUAUGCACUCGCAGGCUAUUCGUUUGGCACCAUGCUGGCGUUUGAGACGUCCAAGGCGCUACAAGCCAACGGCGAUCAGAUUGCAUUCCUGGGGUCUUUCAAUUUACCUCCGCAUAUCAAGGACCGCAUGCGACAGCUGGAUUGGUCCGACUGUCUACUACAUCUUUCUUAUUUCCUUGAUCUCAUUGGCUCUGAUAUUGAUGCUCUAGCUAAGCAAAUCUCUGGGUAUUCAAAGGAGAUGGCACUUGCAGAAAUAGCAAGAUUGGUUGACCAAGAUCGACUGCUCGAACUUUCUCUUACAACAGAAGCACUUGGAAAGUGGGCUGAUCUUGCACAUGAUCUUCAAAGUAUGGCCAGAAAUUAUGAGCCUUCUGGAUCUGUACCCGUGAUGGAUAUAUUCGUUGCAGAGCCUUUGUCGAUUAUAGCAGCGAGUAGGGAAGAAUGGAAGAGAACUAGAUUGAGCAAAUGGAGCGACUUCUGUGAGUCGGAGCCGAUAUUUCACGAUGUUGAUGGGGAACAUUACACAAUGAUUGGCGAAAAACAUGUUCUGAGUUUUCAAAAGACUCUCAGAAGAGCUUUGAAGUAUAGAGGACUGUGAGCAGCAAUGACAGCUUUUGUAGUUCUUUUUACUCUUAAUCAAGAAUAGAUCUUUAUUUCUUUAAACUAUCUUUACUACAUCAAAUAUAUAUCGC